AUGCCAGCCUUGACCUGGGUCAUAUCGGAGACCUAUAUUCAAAAGAAACGGAACGAAAUUGAAGCGGAUGGUUGUGAGCUCCAAACAUCCAAUGACCCAGAAAUUGCUGCAGUUGCCUAUGAUGUAGCUGCUCUUGCUCUCAAGGGUCAAACCGCUGAGCUAAACUUCCCCAACUCGGCAUCUUCAUUGCCUGUGCCUGUUUCCAAUUCAUCAAGAGAUAUCCAGACCGCGGCAACCUCUGCUGCCGCUGCUAUAGGCGCAGCAGCCACAGCCAUGGGAACAGGAAAUCUUGCUACUUCUAGCAGGCCGAGUACUGAGAACGGUCAUGGGCAUGUGCUAAUUGAUGAUGAGUGUGUCGAUGAGGAUCUGAUCUUCGACAUGGCUAAUGUUUUAUUAAGUAUGCCAGAAGGAAUGCUUCUUAGUCCUCCUCGCUUGGACAUUGCUGGUGAUCAUGAUGCAUUUGCCGAUGAAGAACAUGGCAACCUUUGCAAGUUUGAUUAG